AUGCCUUCUCUCAGCGGGACCGCCCUUUGCCUCUUGACCGCAGUUUCCCAUCUAGUUUCAGCAUGGCCGACCCAACAUCCCGAUCACGUCCAGAUUCUCACCAGGGCAGAGCAACUGGCCACCGAAUAUGACUAUGUCAUCGUCGGCGGCGGCACCUCUGGUCUGACCGUUGGCGAUCGUCUUACCGAAGACGGUAAAUACACCGUUCUCGUGGUUGAGUACGGAUACUACGACAGCCAGACAGGCAUGAACCCUCGACGCAUGUACAACAUCACGUCCAAGCCGUGCCCCAACCUCAACGGCCGCAGCUUCUCGGUGGGCAUCGGAUGCGUCGUGGGCGGGAGCUCCAACGUCAACGGCCAGGUCUUCCUGAGAGGGACCAAGGAUGAGUACAACGCCUGGAAAGAUCUGGGCGGGCCUGGGUCUACCUGGGACUGGGACAACCUACUCCCUUACUUCAAGAAGGGCAUCACUCUCGCCCCUCCUGAUGCUGCCCAAGCUCGGGAGUACAACAUCACGUACGACAUGAAGUACUGGGGCACGACCUCCAAGAUCUACGCUGCCUUCGGCAAGGGUCCCCUCCAGUCCAGCCUCAAGAUCCUCUACAACGCCAUGUCCAAGAUGCCCGGCAUGACCGUCCCAGUCGACAGCGGCGCCGGCGAGGCCGGCCUCUACUGGUACCCAAUGUCCCAGGACCCCGUCCAGUUCCAGCGCUCCUACGCCCGCACCGGCCACUGGGACGGCCUCAACCGGCCCAACUACGAGAUGAUCGUCGGCGCCAGGGUCAACCGCAUCCUCUUCGACGGGGACACCGCCACGGGCGUGCAGUUCGUCUCGCGCAACAACACGGGAGCCACGCCCGUCCAAAUCAAGGCGCGGCGCGAGGUCAUCCUUGCCGCGGGGUCUGUCCACACGCCGCAGGUGCUGAUGCUCAGCGGCAUCGGGCCCCGCGCCCACCUCGAACAGGCCCGCAUCCCCGUCAAGGUCGACCUCCCCGGCGUCGGGUCCAACUUCCAGGACCACAGUUACAUUCCCAGCAUCUCGUAUCAGUGGGGCCGGGCACCUCCCAACUCCGGCGGCGGUGGCUGGGGUGGCGGCGGACCGCCGGCUCUCGCGUCCAUGAUCGGCUUGCCCGUCGUCAGCCCGGACAGGUUCGAGACCCUCGCCAGAGCGUUCGAGGCUCAGGACCCCAGAUCCCAUUUGCCGUCGAGCUACACCGCCGAGCAGAUUGAGGGCUACAAGCAGCAGCAAAAAGUCUGGGGCCGCCUCAUGCGGUCAAAGAACGUCGUCUUCUCCGAGAUGAUGAUGUACGGCCCCGGUGGCUCAGUGCAAAACCUGCACUGCACGUCCCGCGGCAACAUUCUCCUGAACACGGCGCAGCCCGAGGCCGAGAUGCUGGUCGACUACCGCGCGGCGUCCAACACCAUCGACCUCGACGUCAUGGCCGAGAUCAUCAAGUUCAUGCGCCGUUACAUGACCACGGGAGACCUCGCGCAGUACCAGGCCCGCGAGACGUCGCCCGGCACCGGCGUCUCAACGGACACCCAGCUCGUCAACUGGGCCAAGGGGCAGAUCAUCCCGUCCGUGUACCACCCCGUCGGCACAACGGCCAAGAUGCCUCGCGAGUGGGGCGGCGUGCUCAACGAGAACCUGCUGGUCUACGGCGUUAAAAAACUGAGAGUUGUCGACGCCUCGAUGAUGCCCACGACUGUAGGCGCGACCACCUCCAUGACGGUCUAUGCUGUCGCAGAAAAGGCUGCUGAUAUGAUUAAAGCGCAAACCCAGUGA